AUGGCACCGACACUAUCGGAGGAUGAGAUCGAUGAUCUCAUUUACCUCGCUCGAGUUGGAGAAAACGAUGAACUGAAGGAGUCUCUUGCCGCCCUAGCAGAGCGAGAGAAGGUGUCACAUGCCGAGAUCCUGAUUGCGGCUAAGGAUGAAGGCAAAUCAACAGCCUUGCAUAUGGCAACUGGGAAUGGCCACCUGGAAUUUCUCGGUAAUUUGCAUUACGAAACGCUAACUGUGGCCCCCCCAGAGACUGUACGGGAAUUGCUUCGUUGCUUUGAUGGCAGGCCAAAGGAAGAAAAGCAGGCGUUCAUUGAUGAAGCUAAUGAGCACGGAAACACUGGUCUGCACUGGGCAGCUCUUGGCGGCCAUCUUGAUACCGUCAAACUUCUAAUGGACCAUGGUGCCUCGCCAGCCUUGGCAAAUGAGAGAAAUUACGUCCCGCUGGACCUGGCCAAUUUCAACGAUAAGCGGGAGGUUGCCGAGUAUUUCCUAGAGUCUGCCGGCAUGCUUGAAAACAACAACGAGGAGAGCGGUCUGGCCAAUGCAGCCGAGUCGAUUGAGCUCGCCGGGGAUGAAGAUGAUAGGGAGCAGGGAGAGGCUGCAUAA